AUGACCUAUUCAACUGGAGGCGGCUCUAAUCCGAAUUCUGUAGCAACAGCAGAUGUCAAUGGGGACGGCAAAGUCGACAUUAUUGUUGCAAAUAGUGGUGCAAACAAUGUCGGUGUUCUCAUGAACGCAGGAAAUAGCAUAUUUACUGCUCAAGUAACAUAUUCAACUGGAGGCGGCUCUAAUCCGAAUUCUGUGGCAACAGCAGAUGUCAAUGGGGACGGCAAAGUCGACAUUAUUGUUGCAAAUAAUGGUGCAAGCAAUGUCGGUGUUCUCAUGAACACAGGAAAUGGCAUAUUUACUGCUCAAGUAAUAUAUUCAACUGGAGGCGGCUCUAAUCCAUAUUCUGUGGCAGCAGCCGAUGUCAAUGGAGACGGCGAAAUCGAUAUUAUCGUUGCAAAUAAUGGGGGAAACACUGUCGGUAUUCUCCUUAACACAGGUGGUGGUAUAUUUGCUGCUCAGGUGACCUACUCAACUGGAAGUAGUUCUAGUCCGCGUCCUGUAAUAGCAGCUGAUGUCAGCGGGGAUGGUAAAGUCGACAUUAUUGUCGGAAAUUAUGGUUUAAAUAAUGUCGGUGUUCUCCUUAACGUAGGCAAUAUCAUAUUUGCUUCUCAAGUAACCUAUUCAACUGGAUCUACCUCUGGACCGAAUUCUGUAGUAAUAAUUGAUCUGAAUGAAGAUAGUAAAGUCGACCUUGCUGUCUCAAAUUAUGCCGCCGGUAGCUUUAGUGUUUUCCUGGGCACGGGCAGUGGCACAUUUCUUGCUCCAACAGCCUAUUCAAUGGGAUCUUUGAUAAGUUACGUGACGGCAGCCGACGUCAAUGGUGACGGUAAAAAUGAUAUUAUUGUCACACUCUUGAAUGGAAACAGCAUCGCAGUUUUCUUAAAUUCCUGCAAUUCAUAG